UUCUACAAAUGAGACGUUCCUGGAGAAUUCGUUGAACUGCCUGCCGAUAUUGUACCCGUAUUGGUUCCCUAUGUACGGUGUUCUCUGUCCCCUCCUUGCCUGUACAACCCUUUGUACAAAUAUUCUUGUCACCAUCGUCUUUACCAUGAACCGGAUGCGCUCCCCGACAACCAUACUUCUCACAGCUCUCGCCGUCAGUGAUAUUUUGGCGGCAAGUGUUAUUACGCCAAUGUAUGUAUACUUUUACAGUAUGGGUAACGUGUUGAACUACCAAGACGGACUUCCGUAUCCGUUGUGUAUAUACCACAGCAUCGCUUACAAAAUUACCGCCGUUUUCCACGCGGUGUCAAUAUGGCUGACGGUUGUACUUGGUAUUCAGAGAUUCAUUGUUGUCGCAUUUCCGAUUCCAGGGAGACGAUUCUGGUCACAUAAAAACUCGAUCUUAGUAAUACUGCUGGUGUAUAUCUUGGUUCUAGGUGUCUACUCCUUGUGGUUUUUAGAAGACCGUUUUGAGGAGAGGACUCGGAUUGACGAAAGCGGUCUGGUAAUUCCUUAUUGUUUAUGUUACCAAGAAGAAGUCUUCAUGUUUGGUUACGGUAUAGAGAAAGUUGUGAAAUUCAUCCGCCUCGUUUUCGGACAAUUCUUUCCAUGUGUGAUACUAGUGUGCGCGACUAUCGCACUGGUCCAGAAACUUAUUGUAGAAUCCCACCGGAUACUGGACUUACACCGGGAAGAGGACAACGAAGUGGAGAGAACUGACUUCCGGUUGAUUCGUAGAACCACGGUAAUGGUGAUUCUGAUCGUUGUAACCUUUUGUCUAGUAGAAAUUCCAGUGAGUAUUGUGUUUCUCAUAGAUGUCUGUGACAUAAAUAUAAUUAAAAUCGACGCGAAAUUGGUUAUAGCCGUCAUAUCUAACUUUUGCUUAUUUAUAACAUACCAGAUUAAUUUCUGGAUAUAUGUUUGCCUCAGUAGACAUUUUAGAAACAAUUUAAGAAGACUUUUUCGUUUUGAAGUGAAUCAUCCGAGUCAAAACGGAUUUCACUCUGUGAAUUGUAAAUCCUACUAUUCAACACGUGUACUCAACAACAGACGCGUGUCUACGUUUCACUGACGCUUGUAGUGCCUCUGACGCCUGUACAGGUAUUUCAUUAACAAUAAACAUUCUGACCACCUCUAGGUCACAUGUCCAUAAUCAUGUCCUCUUCUAAUAUUUUGUAUAAUUGUAAUAUCAUCAAUCUAAUUUUAAUAUAUUUAUUAAUAUAGACAAUAUAUGUUUACGAGAAACUGGAAUAAA